AAGUGUGAGGAAUUAGGAGAGAUAUGGGGUUGCAAAUGAGGGUGCUCUUGCAGUUGGGUUUUCUUGUUUUGUUUGUUGGAAUUGGCUCGGCUGAAAUUUCUCACACCACUUUGAGGAACAUUACUACAAUAAACAAGAAUGGGCCUUAUUUGGGUAUUAUAGUCCCAAAUGCCUUUGAAAUGGCUCCACUCCUCCUUUCAGAAAGCUUUGUGGCUGAUCCAAAGUUUCCCUACUUGGAUUUUUCAGGGAGGAGGUUUCGGAUUGGACGGGUGGGAAACGAAAAGGUUAUUGUUGUAAUGACAGGAUUGAGCAUGCUUAAUGCGGGUAUAGCCACGGAAUUGCUGCUUAGUCUGUUUAAAGUGAAAGGAGUACUGCACCAUGGAAUUGCAGGAAAUGCAAAUCCUGAUCUUCAAAUUGGAGACGUAACUAUCCCCAGAUUUUGGGCUCAUACAGGACUAUGGAGUUGGCAGAGGUAUGGAGAAGGACCUAAUGAUGAGCUACCAUUAGAAUCAAAUGGAGACUAUACCAGAAAAAUUGGUUAUCUCAGGUUUGCGGAUUACAACAAUGACACAAAAGCUAGUAAUUCGUCAGAUAACCUCUUGAACAAUGUCUGGUAUCAGCCAGAAGAAAUCUUUCCAGUUGAUGGAACUCCUGAAGUGCGCCAGCAUGCCUUUUGGGUUCCAGUCGACGAAAAUUACUUUGCAACUGCAGAAAGAGUUAAGGAUAUACAGCUUGGUAGAUGUGUCAAUACAACCUGCUUACCGAGAAGACCUGUGGUGGCAAGGGUAGAAAGUGGAAUCAGUGCGAAUGUCUUCGUGGACAAUAGGGCUUACCGCGAAUUCUUGAGGUCAAAGUUCAAUGCAACAGCUAUUGACAUGGAGAGUGCUGCAGUUGCACUGGUCUGCCAUCAGCAAAAGAUUCCAUUCAUUGCAUUCAGGUCUCUAUCUGAUCUAGCUGGUGGUAGCUCCUCUGUGUCCAAUGAAGCUGAUGUGUUUAGCUCAUUGGCAGCUCAAAAUGCAGUUGAUGUCUUAAUUGGGUUCAUUGCCUUGUUAUCUUCGUAACUGCACAUUUUCUUAUGCCAUGUAGUAUUUCCUAGUUCCCACCUUGAACAUCUUAUUCAAUAAACGGAUUUAAUAGUG